UAAAAAAUAUGAAAGAAGAACUUGCUACUAGAUUAAAUAGUAGUGAAACUGCAGACCUUUUAAAAGAGAAAGAUGAACAGAUUCAAGGAUUAAUGGAAGAAGGAGAAAAACUUUCAAAGCAGCAGCUACAUAAUUCUAAUAUCAUUAAGAAAUUAAGAAUUAAAGACAAAGACAGUGAAAAUACUAUUGCAAAGCUGAACAAAAAAGCUAAAGAGCAAGAAGAGGAGUUGCAGCAUUUAAAACAG